AAAGAAGGGGAAGUUGAAAAGAAAUGACAGAGACCUAUCCAAGGACCCGAGAAAAAACGAAAAGGCUGCCCAACUAUUCUUAAAUCCUUUCAUUAGCUGUCGCUUAAAGGUCACUGCUAGCCAAAGGUCUUACACAACAGAUGCAGCAACAGCAACAACACCAGCUGCUGCUGUUAAACCAUUUAUAUCAAUCCGAUUCCUAAAAAUCCGAAAAAGGAAAAAAGAAUUUUGAUUCCUUCUCUGGCGAACCAAACGAGAUGGGUUGUACGGGAUCCAAACGAACCAGGGGUAACGAAAAUACGAAGCAAAUCAGAAAGCCAAAGCCUUGGAAGCAUGCUGAACCGAUUACAAGGACACAACUCAUGCAGAUGCGUGAUGAAUUUUGGGAUACGGCUCCUCACUAUGGUGGCCGGAAAGAGAUAUGGGAUGCGCUUCGAGCUGCGGCAGAAGCUGAAUUAAUCCUUGCACAAGCAAUUAUUGAUAGUGCUGGCGUGAUUGUCCAGAAUGAUGAUUUAACAAUUUGCUAUGAUGAGAGAGGUGCCAAGUAUGAACUGCCCAAGUAUGUCUUGAGUGAGCCGAUCAAUUUGAUUCACGAGACCUGACAAACAGAGACCAAAGAAUACAGUGAUUCAUUUAGAAUGUAAAUCGUGUAAAUUAAGAUGAUAAUACUCGAAUCUCCAAGAUGUCUUCCUAUUAAAAUCCCCACUCGUGUACAAUAUAGUUCUUGUCAGCAAAAGCUCGAGCUGUUUCAACAAUGAGAUUCCAUUAAACUCCCCAUCAUAUUCUAGGAGACAACCGAAUAUCCAACACAAUUUCAAUAAAUUUAUGAUGUAUGGAUUCAAAUGUUUAGUUUGGAAACUAAAAGAAUUUUUGUGAA